GCGACCGUGUGUGGCGCCCACAGCCAGGGCGACUUCUUGGGGACGCGAAGCCAAACUGGGCCGGGUGAGCGAGGCGUGAGCCAGAGUUUUCUACGAUCCUCUCGCAAAUCGAAAGGGAAAUCCACCCUCCUCUCGAGGCGAUUAGCGAAGCGCGGUACGUUUCUUCCCCGCGAGUUUGGUUCAUCCUUUUUCCUUCAAAAGUUUGAUAUGGAGAAUGCUAACACAAGCUCACAGCUGGAGGAACCCAUGCAACAGGGAGAAGAUUCAGUUUCUGAGGUGCUGGUUCACAACCUCUCUCGACGGUUGGAGGCCCUUGAACACUCUGUGCGUUAUUUGGAGGACAAUAUGAUGACAAGACUAUCUGCAAUGGAGGAGAGAGUGGAGGAACUGAUGAGAAGGAUGGAUGGAUAUAAUGACUUAAGUAGGAGUUGGUCACAACAGGUGUCACUGGAGGUUCCAACAGUGUCUCCUAAUGCACCUGCAAUACUACCUUCACCACCUGCGGCAGCAAGGCCUAAGAAGAAGCAAAGAACCUUGAUUGCAAGGAGAGUGAUUCGCCGGUACCAAAGGCUUGUUAAGCCUAGUUGGGAUAAUAAACCUUUCAUGAGGCGCGUUAUUAAAAAGAUAGAGAAAAAAAGGCGGCAAAGAAGUUGAAGGAUGCCUAAUAUGAGUCUUUAUUCACCUACAUUUAGAUCUUAAGAUCUGUGUUUUAGUAGAAUGUAUUUCAACCCUUAACUGGUAUCCAUUGUAUGUCUGCGAUUUUCAUAAUGAACCCUUAAUGUAGUAGUUAAUGAUCUCCUUUGGGUGAAUAGUUGCUGACAUUGCAGUGAUAGUUUAUGAUUUUCUUUUGCUUUAA